GCGGAGCGGGGGGGGCGCUGCCUCCGCGGCUAUAAAGGGCGGCGGCGCGGCGCCGAGCCACCUCCUCACUGCGCGCCAGGCACCGAGCGGAGGCAGCCGGAACAUCCCCGAGAGGGCAAGAUGGUGAAAGUCGGAGUCAACGGAUUUGGCCGUAUUGGCCGCCUGGUCACCAGGGCUGCCAUCCUGUCUGGCAAAGUCCAAGUGGUAGCCAUCAAUGAUCCCUUCAUUGAUCUGAACUACAUGGUUUACAUGUUCAAAUAUGACUCUACUCAUGGCCACUUCCGGGGCACUGUCAAGGCUGAGAAUGGGAAACUUGUGAUUAACGGGAAUGCCAUCACCAUCUUCCAGGAGCGCGACCCCAGCAACAUCAAGUGGGCAGAUGCUGGUGCCGAAUAUGUUGUGGAGUCCACCGGUGUCUUCACCACCAUGGAGAAGGCUGGUGCUCACCUGAAGGGUGGUGCUAAGCGUGUCAUCAUCUCCGCCCCCUCAGCUGAUGCUCCCAUGUUCGUGAUGGGUGUGAACCAUGAGAAGUAUGAUAAGUCCCUGAAAAUUGUCAGCAAUGCCUCUUGCACCACCAACUGCCUGGCGCCCUUGGCCAAGGUCAUCCAUGACAACUUUGGCAUCGUGGAGGGUCUUAUGACCACUGUCCAUGCCAUCACAGCCACACAGAAGACAGUGGAUGGCCCCUCUGGAAAGCUGUGGAGGGAUGGCAGAGGUGCGGCCCAGAACAUUAUCCCAGCAUCUACUGGGGCUGCUAAGGCUGUGGGAAAAGUCAUCCCUGAGCUCAACGGGAAGCUUACCGGAAUGGCUUUCCGUGUGCCAACCCCCAACGUCUCUGUCGUGGACCUGACCUGCCGCCUGGAAAAACCAGCCAAGUAUGACGACAUUAAGAGGGUAGUGAAGGCUGCUGCUGAUGGGCCCCUGAAGGGCAUCCUGGCAUACACAGAGGACCAGGUUGUCUCCUGUGACUUCAAUGGUGACAGCCAUUCGUCCACCUUUGAUGCGGGUGCUGGCAUUGCACUGAAUGACCAUUUCGUCAAGCUAGUUUCCUGGUAUGACAAUGAGUAUGGAUACAGCAACCGUGUGGUGGACUUGAUGGUCCACAUGGCAUCCAAGGAGUAAGCCAAGCAUGCAGACCCCCUGCUGCCUAGGGAAGCAGGACCCUUUGUUGGAGCCCCUGCCCUUCACCACCGCUCAGCUCUGCAUCCUGCAGUGAGAGGCCAGUUCUGUUCCCUUCUGUCUCCCCACUCCUCCAACUUCUUCCUCCACCUGGGGGAGGUGGAGAGGCUGAUAGAAACUGAUCUGUUUGUGUACCACCUUACAUCAAUAAAAGUGUUCACCAUCUGAAA